GGGUUAAGUUUGUGUAUGUGCAAUAGGCUACAAAUAAAAUUGGAUUUGACUACUAAAUCAAGCACUGAUGCUAUACCCCACCAACACGUUUUUUCUCGUAGGCAAGUCAUCGGACAGGAUUCUCUGACAGCCUACAUUACAGCCAUUACAUAUGUGUGCCAUACAGCUGGUUGACAAUGCUGAUGAGUUGGCGAGUUAUACGAUGCAUGACUGGUCAGGUGACUUUUAAAAACAGGUUAGACUGGUUAGAGUUUUCUGCAUCCUUUCCUCCUCGCCCAAAUAAGUUGACUGACUUGCGAUCCCUUCUGCACUGGCCACUGAGACGUGGCCCUGCCCUUUUUAUGGUGGAAACCUGGCCUGGCAUUGGAUACUCAGAAAAUGGCCCUCCUCCAGUUCAGUCUCUUCCCAGAACUGUACUUUCACUCUGAUGGUGUUCUGUGCUGUUCAGACUGUCCUUCGGUCACUGGAUUAUAUCUUUCAUGUCAGUUUUUCUAUGUGUCAUUAUCAGUGUGAUAUAAGCAGUGGAUUUACUAUAAAAACAGAGUGACCUCACCUGCUUACGAGAUAACUUAGCCUUCCUGUUCCCAGUCAACUACCCCCAACGCCCCCCUACCCAGCCAUGACUCAGAGCAGCAGCAGCUCCUCUCUUCUGGAGGAGUCUUACUCCUCCCUGAUGAGGGGCAUCCAGGAGCUGGACCUCGGUGGGCCCAGCAUCCCCUCCGACCUGGUCCUCAUCGGGGACCACGCCUUCCCCCUGGCCAUGAACACCCGGGGCCAGGUCCUGAUGGCGGCGUCCUUCUAUGGCCGUGGCCGCCUGGUGGUCCUGGGCCACGAGAGCUACCUUACCACCCUCCCCAAUCUAGUGGACAAUGCCCUGGCCUGGCUGAGCGCUGAUCCAGCCCAGGGCAGCCCGUCUGUGGGGAUCAACCCCAGCUGCAGCGCCCUGGUGGGUCAGAUCAGCGGGGGCCGCAUGGAGACCCGGGUGGGGCCUCUGACCCAGGGGCUGGGGGUGUACGUAACCAAUGUCUACAGUGUGAAGGGGGAGGAGAAGGGGCUGGUGGAGUUCAUGAAGGCUGGAGGCGGGCUGCUGCUGGCGGGGCAGGCCUGGAGCUGGGCCCAGUCAAACCCAGGACAGAACACGUUGCUGAACUUCCCUGGGAACCAUGUGUCCAGCGUGGCGGGGGUCUACUUCUCGGAGCACUGUGGGGAGGUGGCGUCUCUCCCUGUGCCCCCUCAAAUACCUUCCAGCUGGAUGGCUGUGGCUAUAGAGAAGGACUUCAAGGAUGACCUGGAGUUCCUGCUGAAGGGUGUGUCUGAAUUUGACAUCCAGGGCGGAGCUGUUCCCUCCGAGGUGCUUGUCCAUGGCCCUCUGGCCUUCCCCAUCGGCUCCGCCCAUGGCAGCUGUUCCUUCCUGGCCGGGGCUUACUACGGCCAGGGGCGGGUCAUCGUGGUUUCACAUGAGGGCUACCUGAAUCGUGUGGAGCUCGACACAUUUUGGACAAACGCCGUCCGUUGGUUGGAUGAGGGCCGUAAUGGGCUGGUAGGCGUGGCCCCCGGUCUUGACACAAGCUUUCUCCGCCAAUCAGGGCUGGCGUGUGAGCAGACAGGCUUCAGGAAGGACCUGAGUGUGUAUGUGUGCAAGUCCUACAGCGACCAGCAUGCUGAGGACAUCCAGCAGUUUGUAGCAGAGGGAGGGGGGCUCCUGAUUGGGGGGCAUGCCUGGUGGUGGGCAAGCCAGAACCCUGGGAGCAACCCCCUCACAGAGUACCCAGGCAACCGCAUCCUGAACAGGAUGGGCCUGAGCCUGUUGGGCAACACAGUGCCGGCAGGCUGCUACCCAGCCCCAACCCCCGGUCAGUCAUGCUCUCAGGGAUACCACUUCCGGCAGCUUCUGCGCCGCUUUGCCAGUCACGUGAACACUGGGGCGGAGCUAACACAGCAUGAGGAGACCUGUCUUAAGAAGCUGGGCAAAGACUGCUCUAUGUUCCUGAACAUGCAGGCGUACGACUGCUCCUCGUACGCCAACGUCCUCUCCUCGCUGACCGACAUCCUGAAGCAGGCUUCCGUCCCACAGGUGUGCCAGUCAUGCCCGGUCAGCCAACCCAAGGACCACCUGCUCUUGAGUGUGGGGGCGGAGGUAUACAAGGUGUGCCCGGACCCGGAUGCCCUCCUGCCGUACCUCAUAAAGGACCAACCCGUCAUGGGGGUGCGGUACAAUACUAACAUCACCAUCAGAACCAAGACUGGAGGUUCAGAGGAGUGGAUCAGUACAGGUCUCUACCUCUCCCCUGGUAUGAGAACAUACAUGGCCUUUCCCCCAGAGAUGGUCAACCAGGGCUGGAAGGUGCAGAUUGGCUGUCAGACUGAUUACAUUGGGAACUCAUCAGAACUGAAGCGGGCGCCGUCGGUCUGCCAGAAAAUGCCUGUCGACUCGGAGAUGAUGCAGGUGUGGAACCUGUGGGGCGGGCUCAUCUACGUGGUGGCUCCGCCCAACACGGAGGUAGAUGGGGCUGAGGUCAUGGUUCAGGUGGCCAUACCGGCACCCUACUACAAGUCUGGUGUGACAACCCUUGCUGAUUGGAUGAUCCUGCGCACUGCCCCCUCCCCUUGGGCGGAGCUGGAGUUUGAGAACAUCAUCCUGACGGUGCAUUCGGAUGUGGUGCGCGGCCUGGAGCGCCCUGAUGAGGUCGCUGCGCUCUGGGAUGACAUCAUGAGGGGCGUUGCUGACCUGGCCGCUGUGCCUGCCAAGUUCACCCGCAAGGAGCGCUUCGUAGCGGACGUCCAGAUAUCACAUGGCUUCAUGCACGCGGGCUACCCCAUCAUGAUCCAGUCCUGCUCCGCCGCAGAGCUGGUGAACGUUAAGCAGGCACGGAGCUCCGGCAUCUGGGGGCCCAUCCACGAGCUCGGGCACAACCAGCAGAGACGGGCCUGGGAGUUCCCCCCCAACACCACCGAGUGCACCUGCAACCUGUGGUCCGUGUACGUGCAUGAGCAGGUUCUGGGGGUGGACCGGGGUCAGGCCCACCCCAACAUGGCUCUGGUGAAUCGGCAGAUCCGGGCUGAGCAGUACGCCAAGGGGGGGCGGGACCUGGGGGCCUGGGACAUGUGGACCGCCCUGGAGACCUACAUGCAGCUCCAGGAUGUGUUUGGCUGGGAGGCCUUCAAGAAGGUGUUUGCACAGUACCACACCAUGCAGAACGUUCCUGGGGACAACGCGGGAAAGAUGAACGUGUAUGCACAGACCUUCUCCCAGGUGGUGGGGAAGAACCUGGCUUCCUUCUUUAAGGCCUGGGGCUGGCCCAUAGAUGGUGCCACUGAGGAGAAGCUCUCCUCCCUGCCAGCCUGGACAGACCACCCCAUGGCUCAAUACGGCUAACCUGGAGAGACACCGACCGGGGGGGGGAUAUAUGGAUAUCUGUACAAGAAUUUAGCUGUAGUUGGUGAAGGGAGGUGAAGGGACCUAUGACUGUACUGUGUGUGUGGAGUAGGCAUGUGACAGUUCAUUUAUUGCUCUGACUGACACUUUAAUCAAAAACCGAAAUGGCGGAUAAAUGCAUCUUUAUUAUUUAACAGUUACACUUGUUUAACAACUGUAACAUAAUCAUAACAUUUUGCUUUCUAUAAAUUAUAAUAAAUAGCACACAUACAAACAAAUAGUGACACUGAUUUCUGAUAUGAAAACUCGUCAACUCGUAUCAUGUU